CAUCUUCAUUUCAUCAAAAUGCCCUACUACGUCCAUAUCUCCAACCGCUACACCGGCAAUUUCCCGGGCGAGUGGCAUCGCUGGCUCUUGACCGCUGCUACCCGGGAAGACGCGAAGAGGUUCUUCUGGGGCCUGGACAAGUACGCCCGGACCAAAGAUGCACGGAUUCGAUCUGUCACGGCCGUGACCAUGGAGUGGUGGAACUACGAUGCCGACGACGGCUAUAGUCUCAAAGUCCUCUAUGAAUGGAUCCAGCAACAGAAAACCAGUGAAUACAAAGACAUCCGGGAACUCACAGACACCCGGGACACUACUCUUCUUUCCAUCUUGCCGGACAUCGAGUUCGGAGACAGGUUCUGGCUGUGUCUGCCCCCCGGGCAAAACAUUUCAAUUGCAGAUUUGUGGGAGGUUCGCCCUCGUCUUUGA